UAUCAGUAGGAAUCUCAACUAUGGGUGACAUGCUUGAACAAAGUUAUGAAGUGUACAGUAGAAAGAUUCCUGGGUACGAUUUGCACCGCACCGCACAGAUGGGCUUCUCAGGGGCCACCGCCGGUGUAAUCUGCCAUCACUGAUUACCCAGAAUGCAGUCAGUGACCAUGGGCUUCAGAAGGCUGAUGACAAAUUUCCACGGCUAUAGUCCCGUCACCAAGUUCAGAAGAGUAGUGAAAGUGGCGUUCAGUGAUAAAUAUUUAUUAUACACAAAUGUUACAAUAUCCUUAAGUCUAUCAGCAUUAGGUGAUAUUGCAGAACAGAGCUAUGAACUAUACUGUAAGGAAUUAGAAUGCUAUGACGCGAAACGGACUUUACACAUGGCAUGUUCAGGAGUUGCUGUGGGUGUUUUGUGUCACCAUUGGUACAAAGUUUUAGACAAAUUUAUCGUAGGAAAGACUUUUGAUAUGGUUGUUAAGAAACUGAUACUUGAUCAAUUCAUAUUUUCGCCUAUAAUGAUAGUAACUUUCUUUGGAAGUUUGGCGUUGUUUGAAGAGAAUCCUUUAGAAAAUUUUCAAGAGGAAGUUAAAAGUAAAUUUGUUACUCUUUAUCAAGCCGAGUGGGUUAUAUGGCCGCCCGCGCAGAUCAUUAAUUUCUAUUUCCUCCCCACUAGAUACAGAGUAUUGUACGACAAUACGAUAUCAUUAGGAUAUGACAUAUACACCUCACAAGUUAAACAUAGUAAAGGAAAAAAAAAUGUUUCUAGACAGUAAUAGUAAAAAACCGGAUUCAUCUUGAUGAUUAUCAUCAAUUUCUAGUACAAUUUAUAUACUCAAUUAUUUAGUCAGUUUAAGUGUCAGUCGUUACGAAGUCUACUUGAGUAAUUCGAAGUUACCUGCACUGAAAGCGAUGCUGUGAUAAUCAACAAAUAAAUAUGACAAAAUACAUAUCUAUUAUUUAUAAUUUAACUCUUUGAACGCAAAGGACGCUUAAAGGCGUCGUGAG